GCAUCCCAAUGUUCGUAACUGGAUGAAUGUCUCUCGUCAACAACCUGUCACGGUCAAUGUCAGCCCACAAAGGGGCGAAUGGCUUCUCUUUUCCGUUGAUCUCCCUUGUUGCCGCUCGAUCCAGGCCUGACCGAAGCUCAAAUCAAGGAAAUCGUCGAGCUAGAGCGACCCAGAUAUUGCCUAGUUCCCCGGAACCUCGAGCCUUGUCGACCAUUGUGCAUUGAGAUGGUGACGCAUUCCUCACACUCGCUUGUUUCACAACUGGUUUGCCUGAAAUGUGCUGUAUUCACUUCUUACGAGUUAAGGUAUAUAUUGAUUGCUCUUCCUCCCUUUAGAACUUGGCCAUCCUUUAUCAGUUGAACCGUAGCAAUCCCAUCCUCAAACAGUUCACUUGAAGAGAAACCAGUCCAUUCUCCGUCACAACACACAUUACAUACGCACGACCAAUCCUACCACCAUGCAGCUCACCAACUUCGUCCUCCUCCUCGCAGCUGUCCCAGCUCUCGCCCAGAACCCAGCGAGCAGCGCCGCCUCCGGUCUGUCGAGCAUCGUUUCAUCCGCCACCGAUAACCUUCCGACCGCCUCUGGAUCUGGUGCAGCAUCCUCCCUUUCCAGCUCUAUUGCCUCAAUUACAUCUGCUGCGGGUAGCUCUGCUUCUGCUGCUUCAUCCUCUGCAGAGUCCAAAGAAUCGUCAAUUGCUAGCAGCGUCAGCUCCAAAGAGUCCGCCCUCUCAUCCAGCCUCUCCAGCUUGAGUUCCGCCGCCGCCAACAACGCCACCGGCGCCUCUUCAUCCCUCGCCUCCUUGACCUCCGCAGCUAGUUCAAUCUUGGCCAGCAUCUCGAGCGAUGCUGGUAGCGUUGUCAGCAGUGCUACAAGCAGAGCCGGCGGUGCCGCUUCGUCUGCUUCUUCCGCCAUCAACUCGGCAGCAAGUGGUGCCUCGGCGAGUGGCUCUGGUGCUUCCGAGACCGGUAAUGUAGCUGCUGCUCUGCCCACUGGUCUGACCGGUGCUGCUGGUGCUGCCCUUUUGGGUCUCGCUGCUUUGUUGUAGGAGGUUGCACAUCUUAAGACGAUACCGCGAGACGAGUUUUGUAUGGCAGAACUAUUUUCAAAUAACUUCAUAAUAGCAUAAUGUGUGGAGGGGUGAUGUCAGGACACGACAAAAAAAGUCUUUUGGUGUGACGGAUAUCUUGAUGUGACAAGAACGCCGAUAGGAGAGUGUUAGCAUAGUCGAUGAUAUUGCAAUCAUAUUCUUCAAUGACCCCUGGCGUCUUUCAAGUAAACAAGCAGCAAAGACAUUGUGGAAUGUAAGAGGCUGAUGUACUUGGUCAAAGGUAUUCCCUAACUUGAGUUCAUCAUGGUUUAUUAGCGACGUGAUAGUAACAAGCUACUCGAUGACUUUCCCCCAUGUCGGAA